CCUUCCUUCUCCUUCCCCUUGCAAUGUCCUCUUACCAUACGUCAUCGACCCUGAAAGCAAAUCUCGAAAAGCCGACCUCCUUCUUCGGUGCUCCGUUAUGGACUCUGUUCCUAGCUUUAACUGCAGCGUUCAUCACUCUCAUGAUUUUCAUCGCUCUCUGCAUUUGGCUCAUCUGCUUUCGUCAUCGCCAUCCCGGAAAGCCAUACGAGUCCCGAUUUUCUUUGCCCGAACCAAUUGCUUCCAAGCGUUACCGUCGUCUUCGUCACGAUUCGUCAUCCCUCGAUAAGAGGCUACUCUCAGGCAAUGUUGAUGCCUCUGGAAUUCUGAUGAACUUUGACAGGUUCUUUCCACAUGUCAGUGACGUGAGGGAAGAUGGAGAUUUAGAAUCAAUUGUUGGAUGCUCACGUAGGAGUAAGAAUGUUUUGGGUCAGAGUAUGGAAUUCAGCUUCCAGGAGAUCAUGGAGGCGACGAAUGGAUUGGCUAAAGAGAAUGUAAUUGACACAGGAGACCAUGGAAUUGUUUAUCUCGGUUUGUUGCGUGAUAAUACUCAAGUGGCAGUGAAGAUGCUAGUGAGCCACAGUUGCCAAACUGAGGAUUUUGCACUGCAAAUGGAGGUAUUUGGAUGCAUUAGACACAAGAAACUGGUCCAACUGCUUGGAUAUUGUACUGAGGGAGGUUACAGGAUGCCAGUGUCUGAAUACGUAGAUAAUGGAAAUCUGCAUCAAUGGCUUCACGAAUUUCCAGGACAAGUCAGCCCUCUAGCAUGGGAAACCAGAUUGAAUAUUAUCCAGGGUGUGGCAAAGGGAUUGGCCUAUCUUCAUGAGGACGUUGAACCUAAGAUUCUCCACGGAAGCUUAAAAUCCAGUAAUAUUUUGCCUGAUCACCAAUGGAAUCCCAAGAUCUCUGAUUUUGGCCUUACUUACCUUUUCACUGCUAAUUGGACGCACGAUAUGAUGGAAACAUCAAGUUAUAUAGAUCCAAAAAGUCAUUCCACUUUCGAUUUCAGCGAGAGCAAUGAUAUUUACAGUUUCGGAAUUCUUAUAAUGGAGAUUGUAUCAGGAAGGAUUCCUGUAUAUCGUAGCCUAGCCCAGGAACAUUUAGUUGACUGGUUUAAGUCCAAGAUUGCAAAUGAAAUUAUUGACGACCUGGUGGACUCAAAGUUGCCUGAAAUGCCUCAUUCCAAGGAACUCAAACAGAUGAUUUUGGUUUCUCUUCGAUGUGUUGACCCUGAUGUGAAUCCGAAACUCAAAAUGGGAGAUGUCAUUCGCAUGCUUGAGCCUCGCGACCUGCUUCUUUCUAAUGAACGCGACAUUGAAAGGGAAGUUUAUGAAUACAAUAACUCGCCCCAAAGUCACCCUGCACCAGAAUUAGGCGACAGUCCGAGAUAAAUACAGAAGGCCAAGUUGCAGCAGCAGUGAUCACUGCGAGAAAAUCGCAGGAAAAAAAUAUAAUUCUGGUCUCAAGGACCUCUGACAAACUUAAUUGGAAGAAUUUUAGCUUAUGUACAUAAAGUUCUUGGAUAUAAGACUAAGCAAUAGGAUUCAUUGGAAUUGGAAUGUUUCUGUGCAGAGAUCCUAAUGUGAACCCCUUCCUCUUGAACAAAUUAACUUCAACCUUUUGCAGGUG